AUGAAAGCAGCGUACUCAAGAUUGUAUUUUUUUUUCUACUUUGUGAUUGUGUUUUUCAAGUCAGUAACAUAUUGUUUAAAUGAUAUUAGUAAAUUUGAAAAACUAAAAAAGUUAAUUAAUAAAAAAAUAAAACUUGAUAUAAAUGAAGAAUAUGAAAAAGAUAAAACACAAAAUGAAAUACCAUUCCAUUAUAUACAUGAAUUAAGUUUAAGCGAUUAUGUAGAUUAUGUUUUAAAUAAAGAUGAAGAGUAUGAUUGUGUAUUAUUUUUAAUUGAUGUUGAAAUAAAAAAUAAUCUUUCUAUGUUUGAUAGAAAAACAUAUAUAUUAUUAGAACUAUUUAAUAAUAUUGCAAAAAAAAUUAUUUUAGAAAAUAUUUUUUUAUAUAAUGUAAAUGAUUAUAAAAAAGGAAACACAAAUAUAUAUAUGAAAAAUAAAUUAUUAAAACCUAUAUUUUUUUUUUAUGUAAAUUUAAAUAAACCACAUUUAAACCCAUUAAAACAUAUACACAUGAUACAAAACUAUCCAGAAUUUGUAUAUAUGAAUGAAUACACAUUAUACAACCAUAAACAUUAUUUACCUAUUCACAAUAUAUAUAUGUUAGAAAACUAUAUAAAAAAAGAAGAGAAAAAGAAGCAUUGGAAAAAACAAGAUGUUUUAAAUGAUGAUAAAAUACAAAUAGAAUUAAACAUAGAAAAUAUUACAAAUUAUUUUUUAAAAUUUAUAUAUAUGCAUAAUAUUAAUAGAUAUACUGUUAAUUUAAAUAAAAGUCAAGAAGAAGAAGAAGAAGAAGAAGAUGUAACUAAAGAUAAUAUUUUUUUCAGCAUUAAAAUGUAUUUAUCUUUUAUUAUAGGAAUUGUGUUUAUGUUAUUAUAUUUAUUUAUUUUAAUAAUAAAUAAAUAUAAUAUAAUAAUAUUUAUUUGUUCAUAUAUUUUAUAUUUUAUAUGUUUAAGUGGGUUAUUCCACUGCUUAAUAUAUCAAUCAAAAUUUUAUAACAAUGAUAUAACUUUAGAUUCAUUAUUAAAUACAUAUAUUUAUAGAUCAACUAAUUCUCAAUAUAUAUAUGAAGGUUUAUUUGUUUCUUUUCUUAUAUUUAUAAUAAGUUUUUCUUUAUUUAUUUUGAAUAACCAUUUGAAUGAUAAAUAUAUGAACACAUUUAAAUUUUUUUUUUUUUUUUUUCUUAUUUUUAUUAUUUAUAUAUCUUUUAAUAUAAUACAUAAAAUUAAUACAUAUAAGGUAUAUUUUUCUACUUAUGUCUUUUUUCCUCCAAUUAAAUUUUUCAAUAAAUAA